AACUUCCUCCUGUAAACUUGGACGGUUUAUUCGGUAUUUGCAGUUGUAUUUCUGAUGUUGAUGCAUGUUUUUCUUUGGACUUUUUGAAUUGAAAAUGAAGGUGAAACCAGCCAUGUUUGCUUGCUUGGUGCUCUUACAUAAACUAGAUGCUAGAGGUUUACUACACGGUAAUGCAGCCUGAUGUGAUCCUGACUGUGACUCUCUGCACAAAUCCUCCUGACAAAAGUCGAUGUUGGGUCGUGGCGUGAAGCGGAAGUGGAGCUGCUUGGAGGAGCUGGAGGCCGAGUCCGUCGCUGCUGCGGUGACGGAGGAGAAGCAGCAGGAUGUGGAGGAUCACAGGGAGGAUGAGAGCGGGCUCCUUGUGGGUCCGCCCAAAUCCGACAUGAGCCACCUGCAGCAGCGUCAGCGGGUGCUCGGCCUCUGUUUGGAGAAGCUGCAGCGCUACCAGGCCGGGAUGGAGCUCAGCCUGCGCCGCUCCGUUCUCCUCAUCAACACGCUCAGGCAGAUCCAGGAGGACAUGCGGAGCGACGUGGCGGGGACCUGCACCCCGGACGUGCUCCUCAACGGCGUCCACCCUGACUCCUGUCUUCUCAGGGACGCCAUCAGGGAGGACAUGCCGGUUACGUGCCCCGGGUGCGCAGAGGGUGACGGGGAAAGCCUUUCUCCGCCUCUGUCCCCAGAACUCUCUUCUCAGGACGCGAACAUCUCGCCUGACCAGCAGAAACCGCUGCCCGCCGCGACAAUCAAUACUUUUAGUGAUGCAGUAAACGCCAUGGGCUACCUCAGCGACCUCGCCCUGGACGACAUCUUCGAGGACAUUGACACAUCCAUGUACGAGACGUCGGACCUGCCCGCAGCCUGGGCGACGGGCUCCCUGUGGCCCGUCAGUGUGUCGCUCUGGGCGGACGAGGACGUGAAAAUGCGUCCAACGGGCCACAACUCCGCUGGGAGUCUCCAGUCGUGUCUGAUGGACCUGAAUGAGCUGGACCACAUCAUGGAGAUUCUAGUAAAGUCCUGAUCCCCCCCCCCCCCUCCCCCCAACAUGAACUCCUGAACAUUUACUGUACUCAAUGAAUUAAAGGAUUGAGGCGUCUGAUCGCAGCUGACGGUGGAUUUUUAAGGCUCCAUCUGACAUUUUGGUUGAAAAUGUGUUUUAGGUAGAAUAAUCACAUGUAACUCAUUUAAAA